GCACUUUCUCGGUUGCUCUUCAACUUUCUCCACUCCAGAAACGCUCAAAAAACCUCUCCGAUGGAAAACGAAACGGCGUCGUUUACUUACAGCGGCACAUCCGCCUCUCACGGCGAGCCUUCCGUCGUCGCGCCGUCUCUCAUACGCGAUAACCUCUACCACUCGACUCGCAGCGUGAUGCAGCAGCGCCAAGAUAUGGUGAACAGAGAGGCGUUGUGCUACACGCGCCUCCACGAGGCGUCUCUCGAAGCCGAAGUGCUCCGUCUCGAGAACACCGAGCUACGCUCGAUGAAUCGUCACCUCAAGAAGGAGCUUGACCAGGUGAUCAGAUCGUCGAUCCAGAACCGAUUCGGUUACGAUAGGGUUCCGCUUCGGAUGCUUAGCAAUCUUUCGAUCGGAGGGAAUCGCGAUGACGUGGAGGACGCGGAGAAUCAGAACCGUGCGAUGAAUCGGGAUGAUGUUAGUGAGGAGAGUCCGACGAGUGUGAUUGGGAGUGAGGAUUUGAAUCGUUCUUCGCUGCCGAAGAGCAUCUCUGUGAGAUCUAGUGGUUACUCGAAGGCGAGCCAAGGUGGUGGUGUUGGUGGUGGCGCGGCUGCUCAGUGUGGGAAAUCUCGUGGAGUCGUAGCUAAGCCUGGGACUUGUGGUCAACAGCUCAGUACUACGCAAAGGGUGUAUGUGCGAGGAGGGAAGAAGGAAGAAGAGGAGGAGAUAGAAGUGGAGGUGUACAAUCAAGGGAUGACAAAGACAGAGCUCUGCAACAAGUGGCAAGAGACAGGGACAUGCCCAUACGGUGACCACUGCCAGUUCGCUCAUGGAAUCAAAGAACUCCGCCCAGUGAUCCGCCAUCCUCGUUACAAGACUGAGGUUUGCAGAAUGGUACUUGCUGGUGACAUCUGUCCUUAUGGCCACCGUUGCCACUUCCGCCACUCACUAUCCGAGCAAGAGAAGCUCAUGGCCGCUGCUUGCAAACCCAACAACAAGUCCUCCUUCAAGCUGGUCAAAUGACCAUAGGUAAUCUUGAAAACACACAAGGUUUGAACCGUAUAUACCCUAUAAUUGAACAGUACUAUACCCUACCCUACAGAGAUAUUUUGAUAGCUACUCAAAGGAUUUGGAAAAAAAUAGCAUAUUGGUAAAAGGAAGUGAAUAAUGUUGCAUUCGUAAGAGCGUGUUUUGUGACUAAGUGGAGUUGUUUGAACAUUGCUUAUUCUGAGACUUUGAAUUCGUUAUUCAGAUGAUUGUUUUGUUAAUUACAUAGUAGAGGUUUAAAGCUUUUGUUUUUGUAUAUCUCUAAAUGAGAGGUUUACCAUAACCAAUGUAAAUAUGCCACGCAUCCAGGAACAUGUGCAUUCACC